CUUCCUUUGAUGCAAACAUAAAACAAAAGGAUUUUUGCUGCCUUUGUUGACAGUGUAUGUUGUCGUGUUGCUUGUCUUUGUUGGUAAUAACACUGUGAAAUUGUCUUGAUUAUAAGCAACAGUUAAAAAGCAUUUGAUUAGUAUAGCCAUGAAAUGAUGAUUGGUGAUGGUUGGAGUGGGCAUGGCACUAAGAGGAAAAUGGGUUUUGUUUCCACUCUAUUGCUUUUGCCUCAUUCCGAUAUGUUUCUCGGCGGCGACGGAAGGAAAGCCGCCACAACAGCAGAAGUUGCGGUUCGGGGAAAACGGACAGUUCAAGAUCUUGCAGAUUGCUGACUUGCACUAUGCUAAUGGGAAGACUACCCACUGCUUGGAUGUGUUGCGUUCUCAGUAUGCUUCUUGCUCUGACCUCAACACCACCGCCUUCAUCCAAAGGAUCAUCCUUGCUGAGAAACCCAACCUAAUUGUCUUCACUGGGGAUAAUAUAUUUGGACAUGAUGCCUCAGAUCCGACCAAAUCAAUGGACGAGGCAUUUGCUCCUGCAAUCGCUUCAAACAUUCCUUGGGUAGCUGUUUUGGGCAACCAUGACCAGGAAGGAUCCCUCUCUAGGAAAGGGGUGAUGAAAUAUAUUGCUGGGAUGAAAAACACUUUAUCUAUUGUCAAUCCUCCGGAUGUACACAUAAUUAGUGGUUUUGGGAACUAUAACUUAGAGGUUGGAGGAGUUAAAGGUACUGAUUUUGAAAAUAAAUCAGUGCUCAAUCUGUACUUUCUCGACAGUGGAGAUUACUCCAAGGUUCCUUUCAUUCCUGGCUACGGCUGGAUCAAACCCUCUCAGCAACUUUGGUUCCGACGGACAUCGAAAAAACUUAGGAAAGCAUACAUGAAUGGACCAGUGCCUCAGAAAGAACCUGCACCUGGUCUUGCAUACUUUCACAUUCCAUUACCUGAAUAUGCUAACUUUGAUUCAUCAAACUUCACAGGCGUGAAACAAGAAGGCAUAAGUUCUGCUUCUGUGAAUUCUGGCUUCUUCACAACAUUGAUUGAAUCAGGAGAUGUGAAGGCAGUUUUCACUGGCCAUGAUCAUGUCAAUGACUUCUGUGGCAAGUUAACAGGUAUAAAUCUUUGUUAUGCUGGAGGAUUUGGAUAUCAUGCUUAUGGCAAAGCUGGAUGGUCUAGAAGAGCAAGAGUGGUGGUAGUUAGCUUGGAGAAAACAGAGAAUGGCCGAUGGGAAGAUGUCAAAUCAGUUAAAACGUGGAAACGCCUUGAUGAUCAAAAUCUAACUGGUAUUGAUGGUCAGCUCUUAUGGAGCAAGAGUUUUAGAAGCAACCGCAGGAAAAAACAAGAUGGCAACUCUUGAGAAUUUAUGGUGUUGCAGAAAAAUGCAAUUUUGGCGAGACACAACUUUGACUAUGAGUAUUGCAUUGCAUAACAUCCUCAAUCAGAAGAUCAGUCAAAAGCUUUGACUAGAUGCUUGGAAAUGUGCUUGAAAUGCUUCACUUUUGGGCAAAGUUGCUGCUGUAGGCGGAGUGUUGGUGCAGCACCUCGAACCAUGCUGGCAUUGGCAUUACUCCUUCAAGAUAGUCCAUGAUAGAGAACCAUCUGAGAACACAAAAUAGGUUCCAGAUGGCGAGGAUCCUUUUCUGUUCAGGAAUUACAAGUUGAAAGAUACUUUUACAUAGGCUGAAACUUAGCCUUCACAAAGCUCAACAAAAGAAGGAAAAAUAUGCUGACAAUAAGAGAUGUCAUGUGUAAUUUAAAGUAGAGAUCAAGUGCUAGUGAAACUGUAACCAUACAAACAGCACUCAGUUGCUUUAAGAAAGAAUCAAAGACUGACUACGAGUUAUGUUGGACUCGUUCCGGAUACGACAGGUUGCUACUAGUUACUGCUGCCAUCAGUAGCUAGAAUUCAUCCAGUUUUCCACUCCUCUCUGUUGAAACCUUAUAGCGAAGAUCAUCUUUUUCCCUA